AUGGAAAAGUGGCAAAAUAAGGUUGCUUUGGUAACAGGGGCCUCACAAGGAUUGGGAAAAUGUAUCGCUAACACUUUGGCUAAAAAUGGGAUGAUCGUUGUAGCCUGUGACAAACGCAUGGAUGGAUUAGAGGAAUCCUUAAAGAACUGUAAAAUCAAACCUGGAAAUGCCGGUUUUAUAGACCCAGUCAAAUGCGAUAUUUCUAAAAUUGAUGACAUUCUCAAAUUGUUUAAGUAUAUAGAACAAAAAUACAAGACUUUGCACGCGUGCGUCAAUAAUGCUGGCGGUGGUUUUUUGGAUUAUUUUUUACCUAUUAAGGACAAAGAGGGGAAUUACGAUGGAAAGAGGGAAGAGAAAGAAAAGGACCGGAUAUAUAAAGGCUGGAAACAUAUCUUAGAAGUGAACGUUCUGGGCACGUCCAUUUGCUCUAAGGAAGCGAUAAACUUGAUGGCCAAAUCCGGCGUAAAAGAUGGACUGAUAGUCAAUAUGUGCAGCGUAGUAGGACAAAAAGUCAUUUUAAUGAAAAUGGACGAGAAGUCGGGCUUUUACAAUCACAUGUAUAUAGCGACAAAACAUGCGAUAGCAGCUAUGACUCAAUGCUUACGACUUGAAGUACAAACACAUCCUUAUGCCAACGCUACAAGAAUAGUAACUAUCUACCCGGGGAUUGUUAAAACCGAUUUCAUUGAUAAUGUCCAGGAUGAAGUCAAGGUGGUUUCAAGCAAGUUAAUCUAUGAAAAUUUCAGUUAUUUAACCCCUGAGGAUGUAUGCGACGCUAUGCUAGCCGCUUUUAAAUGUAAUAAUUUGGUGCAAAUGGACGCUAUAACGGUAACUCCUGUCCGUACUCCUGGAAAAUUAUUUUAA